AUGGAUGUGUCUGAACUGUGUAGAGGAAGGACAGAGAGAAACGGAAAAGACGUGGAGAGACUUGUGAAUGGUGGGAAUUUGGAAGAGAAUUUUGAGGUAGCCAUUAGCGAAGGCGUGCAUCGAGGCGUUUAUAAUGCGAGGUUUGUGUCGGAUCAUGCUAUGCUCGAACGCGUAUUUAAUUUGUCUUUGGUCGGUUGGGAUCGGGUGGUUUUCAGACCACGGGCUAUACGUUUCGGCAACAGAACUCCUAUCCUGGGUCCCAAUAAAAAGGUUCGAUUGGAUGUCGCAGCACCAUUUGAAAUCAUUAUUGAAUUUCACGAGUACCCGAUUGAGUUCAGAUUGGAUCCAAUCAAUAUUACAAAACACUCAAUGUAUGUAAAAGGUGGUGCAUCUAGAACGGCACCAAACAGCAUGAUAGCCAUUACGAAGGCAAAGAUGGCAAUUGAAUUGAAAUAUAGACGUCAAGGGUUUUUGUAUUUGACGAAGUUAGAAGCUAGUGCACUUGUUUCAACGGUUGAAAAUAGGGCAAAAUCAAUAAGGGCAGACAGUUGUACAUUCACCAUAGAUGACUAG